AUGCAACACUACCAUACGCUAAGCCAUCAGCAACAACAACAGCUGAUGCAGCUGCAAAUGCAACAUCAACAGCAUCUACAGCAGCAGCACCAACAACAGCAGCAGCAACAACAGCAACAACAACAACCGCAACAACCGCAACAACAGCAACAACAGCAACAACCGCAACAUCCGCAUAUGCCACCGCAUACUCGCCAUGUUCAACAUCCUGGUCACACCAUGACCAUUAACAGAAAGGUAAUCGAUAAGAGUCAUUACAGCGAUGAAGUUCCACCACCAUUGCCACCGUUACGGAAUCCACAGAAAGCACUGGACUCUGUUCAAGCAAUACCAAGCCUCAACGAUAGUUCCAUCAGUGAACGCGACAAACAGAUUUACAUUUGUUCAACACUCAAAAAUCCUAACAAUCAUAAUGCGAACAAUAAUAAUAGUAAUAACACUAGUCAUAACAAUGGUAACAACACAAUGAAUUCCAGUAAUAUCCAAAAUCACUAUGGAACAAUGAAAAACAAUACAAACGCAGUAAAGAACCAAACCACUUUUAAUUCAACGCCUGCUACCACGACGAAGCCGUUACCGUCUAUUAUUAAUACACCGCUUCCGGAAAUUCCUAAACAACCCCAACAUCAACCGCAAGCACUAAAAGAUGACAUUUAUGUUAAACGAAAACUUAUUGACCAACACAGUAAAUUUGCUACCCUGAAGGCCAUUCCCUUACCGAAAAUCGAAGCCUUAGAAAUUGAGGCUCAAAAAAAGAAAAUGGCCCUAGCGCAACAACAAAAACAACAACAACAAAUGGCAAACACACCGAAUGGUAACCCCGUUACCAUGGCAAACAAUCCUCUACCACCACCCCCAGCGACAAACAUGAGUAACGCCAUGAUCGCAUCCCAAAUCCAAUCCCUUCCUUUGCCUCCUCCGCCACCAGAGCUGAUAGAAGAGGAUCUACUACCUCCUCCACCGCCGCCGGUGAAUCAUGACGGUGAAGUGAUCGCCAGUGAGGAUACCAGCAAAAUCAAAAACGACACCAAAGAGGUUAUCUACGCUACCAAGGCAGUUACCAACUCACACAGUACGGCCCAUAGUGGUAGCAAUGGCGGUAAUGGUAAUAAUGGCAGUAUUAUGAACAACAACCCAACGAAUACCACUAAUAAUAGCGACGAGAGUAGUUUCUAUGCAGUCACAGAGCUGUAG